UCAACUUUAGAAGCUUCAACCUUCAGCCACGGACAAAAUCGUCAUUAUCACUUUUCGAUCGAAAGAGGUUGUUUCAAUAAAGUUACACCGCAUUUAAAUACUUAAAAUGUGGGCUAAAGUCGUCACGCUGCUGUGCGUUUUACAUUCGAUGGAAGCGGUCUUUAUGAUCACGCUGCCAUCGGUUGAAGUGGAGAAGAAAAUCGAAGAGUUGGGAAAACGUAAACCCUAUUUGAUGCUAUCUCCAAACGAUGCUUCGUCGACACCCAAGAAUUUGACCAACAUCGAAGGGGAACUUCACAGACAACCAACCGAAGCUAAAAAUCUAGUCGAUUUGGCCGAAUCGCUCAAUUUAACAACUCUCGUCAAAGCGUUGGAACAGACAGGCUUGGAUGACAUAAUUGACCAUGAAGGGAAGUAUACUUUGUUUGCUCCAACGAAUGAAGCUUUUCUUAAUAUUCCAAAAUGGGCAAGCAACAUUCCGUUGAAGGAGCUUCUCAGUUUUCAUGUAGCUCGUGGUCUCAUCCAUGCUGAUGAAAUCCACAAUGACAUGUUGGCUCGGUCCAUUCUCUCCAAGCGUGACAUUCGCUUAAACAUUUACAAGAAUGGAGAUGUAGUUACUGCAAAUGGCAGCCCCAUCACUGCUGUCAACUUCACAGCUCAUAAUGGCGUUCUCCACAUCAUCGACCGCGUGAUGGUAUCUAUCUACGAGCGCGGAGGCACCAUUGUUAAGCAAUUAGGUCGAUGCCCUUCCUUUAAGACGCUUACAAAGUUGAUCACCAUCGCCGGACUGACUGAUGCCCUGCACGCAAAAGGACCUUUCACUCUCUUUGCCCCAUCUGAUGAUGCUUUUGCCAAGAUGCCCGCAGAUUGCAUCAAACAUUUGGUUGAUAACCCACCUUUGCUUCGCCAAGUUCUGCUCUUCCACGUUGCCCAAGGAAGCUGGUUCAGCGCUGGUCUCGAAGAUGGUAUGUCAUUGGAAUCUCUUCAGAAUUCAAAGCUGUCCGUCACCAUCCAAGAAGGCUCUGUUAUGAUCGCCGGAAAAGCUACGGUAACCGGACCAGAUGGUCUUGGCAGUAAUGGGGUUAUCCAUGGCAUCGACAAUGUGCUCAUUCCUCCAUCAAUGGAAAAGAAAAUGGCCAAAUUCAUGUUGAAAUCGGCCAAGAAACAAAGGCGUCUCAUUGGGUCGAACAAAGAUUAAAUUUGAAUGAAUUAAGUGUACUGUCACUACUCCCCAAUUUAAGUUUUCUCUUUACAGUACACGUAAACGAUUAUAGUCUUUUUCAGGCAUUGAUAGUUUUCUGCGAUAUCUUCGAAUCUUCGUUGUAGAAAUAAACAAUUCAACGAUCUUA